UUUUUUUUUUUUUCUUUUUAUUUUCAUGGUUUAUAGGUCAUGUAUUCAAUCCAUCUAUUCCUAUCAACAUCAACUUGCCUGUGACCAAUAUUUGUCCUGUUUAGAAGGAACCAAAGCGAUAGUAUGGAUCCCCAAUCCUCGACAACCCUCAGAAACACUUUUACUAUAUGGAAAAAAGAAACAACGUCGACGACACCAUCCUUUCAUCUAUGAAGCAACCAUUCAUUGUUAUGAUCCUGUCAGUCUAGAUCUCAUUAUCGAUGCCGCUAUAUCAGCAACUCAUCAGGAUCAAGUAUCAAGUUGGUGGCAAUUGCUCGUGUAUGGAUGUUUAUUAGCGACUGCGGUGGAUACCAGGACUCAAAUCAUGCAAAAUAGCAAGGAUGAACUAACAUAUAUGCUGUAUCUCCGUCUGGAUGAUGAUUAUAUUCGACAUAGUUUUCAGAAAAUCAACAUGAUGGGGUAUAGAUUGACUUGGAGGGUGGCAACCAAAGAAGACAUGGUGGCAUUUACAAGUGUAUACUUUUCAGUUCUUGGUGGAGCUUAUAGUUCGUUAGGCAAAUCCAAUCACAAAUAUGCAUAUAAAGCAGGUACGUUGGCUAGACGCCAAAUCAAAUUGGCAAAAUGGCUUCAAGAUCCUAUUUUGGAAUGCAAAUGUUGGUUGUAUUAUGCAGAAGAUAUGGUGAUGCAAGGUCGUUAUAGAAAAGCUGCUCGGAUUCUUGAUAAUCAAAGGUUCAUUGCCCAUAAACUUCAAAACAACAUGUUGAUGACGAUGUGCGACUUUGUUCUUUUGAAAUGGAAAACAGCAACAAAAAGUGAUAAUCAACAACAAUUCAAUCUGGCAGCAAAAAUAUGAUCUCUUGGAUAACAAUGAUAAAAUAAAACACCUCACCUCUUCUUUAGUGUAGAUUUCCUUUUUUUUUAUUUUCUGUAUGAUACCAUUUUUUUUUACAAGUUAAUCAUUCAUCAAUACAAAGUGUAUUUUCAAAAAAUAUUUCUUUAUUUACAUACAAAUACAUCCAAUGCAAUAAUAAAAC